ACUCUGGUGGUUCUGUUACGUGUGCGCUAAGCGAAAGCCAAGUCAGUCCCACUUCCCUCCUCCACGGCUCUCUCACCUCUCGAAUCGGAAAUUUACUUCGAAAAUCUGUCGGCGAAGAACCGCAGAGAAAAUUGGAAUUCAUAAUUUCAUUCUUCGGCUUCUCCUUAGGGUGCGUUGUUGAACUCGAACGAGGUGUGAGCAAUUCUCGCUUGGAGAUGUCAGAGAUGAGGUAGGAGUUGCCGCUGCUGAUACUGGAACUGGUGGAUGGGAGUUUUUGACAGAGGAAAUUGAGUCAAAAUGCGGAAAUCUUUCAAGGAUUCCCUUAAGGCACUGGAGGCUGAUAUUCAGUUCGCCAAUACCUUGGCUUCUGAUUAUCCCAGGGAAUAUGAUGGUGCAUGCCUUCAGAUGAGAUUAUCCUACAGCCCAGCUGCACAGUUCUUUCUCUUUUUCGUGCAAUGGACUGAUUGUCAUCUUGCUGGUGCAUUGGGUUUGCUCAGAAUUCUAAUAUAUAAGGCAUAUGAAGACGGGAAGACUACCAUGUCUAUUCAAGAAAGAAAGGCUAGUCUCAAAGAGUUCUAUGGGGUGAUCUUUCCAUCUUUAUUGCAACUUCAAGGAGGAAUUAAUGACAUAGAAGACAGAAAACAGAGAGAAGUUUAUGCUGCCAAAUACAAAAGAAAAGAUCAAUUGGAUAGAGGAAAGAUCACUGAAAUCGACUUGGAAAGAGAGGAGGAAUGUGGAAUUUGCAUGGAGCUAAACUGCAUGGUUGUAUUGCCUAGUUGCAAUCAUUCAAUGUGCAUGAAGUGUUAUAGAAGUUGGCGCACUCGGUCUCAAUCAUGUCCCUUCUGCCGUGACAGUCUCAAGAGAGUCAACUCUGGAGAUCUUUGGAUCUAUACCGGUAGCAGUGAAAUCGUCGACUUGUCCUUCAUCUCUAGGGAAAAUUUAAAGAGGCUUUUCAUGUUCAUUGAUAAGUUGCCCCUCAUUGUUCCAGAUCCAAAACUCAUCUCUUAUUAUCUGAACCACUAUUAGACAUUUCCAGGCUUGGACUGGAAAUAAUUUGUACAUAAAGACUCUAUUACCCAAGUUAUUGUCCAUAAUUCUUAUCAGUAUAACAUGCACAUCUAAAUUUAAUGCUAAUGUGUUCUCGUUUUGUA